AUGGAUAAUUACACAUUAACAAUCCUUGGCUGCGGUACCAUGGGUACUGCCAUGCUUUUAUCAAUCAUGAAAGCUACCUUUCAGCCAUAUCCAGCAAAGUUCAUCUGCUGUACCGGCGACAAAGAAUCUGCAGAAGCCCUUCAAAAGAGAUUUGGGGACAAAAUUGAGGCUUCAUACGGUGAAUCUAACAUCAGUGCUGUGAAAAGAGCUGAUGUCAUCAUUCUUGGUCUUAAGCCAUAUAUAUGUGAAUCCGUGCUGGAAUAUGUUAAGAGUGGGUUAAAUGGUCACCAAGUUAUUAUUUCAUUGCUUGCAGGCUGGAGUAUCGAGAGAUUGAGUAAAUAUUCUUCCUGCAUUGCUCGUGUGAUGACCAACACCCCGGCUAAAUUUGGACACGGAAUGGCUAUAGUUUCAUUUUCCAAAGAGGCUCAGAAGUAUGAAGAUCUGGUGAUGAACAUGAUUGGAACGGUCGGAAAAGCGUUGAAGCUUCCAGAAAAGCAUAUGGACGCCGCAACAUCAUUGGUUGGAUCCGGACCAGCGUUCUGCUUGUUAAUGCUUCAAGCCAUGGCUGAGGGUGCUGUUCAAAUGGGAAUUCCUUAUGAUAUUGCUAAAGAUUGCGCUGCAAAAGUUAUGGAAGGUACUGCAAAGAUGGUGAUGGAGACAGGUGAGCAUCCAGAGGCUUUGAAGGCCGAAGUUUGUACUCCUGGUGGAACUACGAUAGCUGGAUUGUUGGUUAUGGAAGAUAGAGGUGUUAGAGGAGGUAUUAGUAGAGGAGUGGAAAAAGCUGCCGAGGUUGCCGCACUACUAGGCAAGAAAUAG